AUGCCCUCUCAGUGUGCAAGUAAUCCGCCGCUGCCACCAUUGCCACCAUUACCUCCAUUACCUCCAACAUCGCGCUUUGGCGUCACCGCUCAUCCUUCGAACCUUCCUCGAUCGCAACACCCAACUCCUGCCCCCGGAGGACCGAGGCAGCGGUUACCGGACCGUCAAAAUGCGCAAACUAUGGCUGCUAUGAAUCUACAAGCACCUACAAGCCCCCCUCGUGGACACAGCCGCUCAGUCAGCCAACCGUUUCCGUUCCCUGGCGCUGGCAAGCGACGUGAUAAAUACCAAGCCGACAUAUGGGACUCUGACGAUUCGGAUUUGGAGGACAUGAGCCUUCCAUCGAACAUUCCUGAUCGAAGCCCCCGCAAAGGCUUGAAAGCCGGCGGCGACACUGCGGAUGUCAGGUGUCAAACCUGCAAUUCUGUCGCACGUUGGCCACAAAACGUGAGCACAUUUCGAUGCUGCGUCUGCCUAAUGGUGACGGAUCUAUAUCCUGAUACCCUAGCCGAGCCGAAGUCUCCUGUGAAAGCAAAGGUUGAGGUGCAGUCCCAAUCUGGAAGAUCCGGGAAAGAUGCCUUCCAAGAUCGUCCACUACCUCCUCUGCCACCAAACGCUCGACCCUUAGGCAGCAAACCAGAAUCACCAUUUUCAGCCAAGCGGAUGGGCAUCAUGAUUGAUCAGUGUGUCUCGGCCUAUUUCGAUCAUGUACUCCAUGUCCUCCCGGCAAGUUCGUCACUCACAGACAAAGAAGUUGGAAGAAAGCCCCCCCGAGGUCUAGCGGAUGGCUCUGGCCUGAUGGGGUGUGGCCCUGGUGGCCAUCUAGCCGAACCCCGCGAGGGCCACAGCCGAAGCAUUUCCGGUUCUGGGGAGCGAUUUGGAGCACAGGGCGAUAAUCCUACAUUCCUAUCACCUCACAGAUCUCGACACACUAGAGGGGAGUUACCGGUACGAAUGCGAGCAAACUCAGAUUUGCAGUCCAGUCCGAAGCUGGAUCUUCAUCGUCGUGAUCACGAUCGUCUGGACAACCCCUCUGACCUUGAGGGAAGGAACCCUGAGUAUUCCAGUCGAAUAUUCGCGCAAGUAGAGAAACCUCUUAUCGCCGCCUUAAAGGAGAUAUUUCCCCUUAACACCUCUUUUCCGUCGCAUCGAAGUUUCGUGCGAUCCGCCAGCAACGGGAAUUACCCGAAGAUGAAAAUGGACCCGGCUAUGGUGAUGGAUCCAAAUACAAACACGGCUGCUUUUGAGCCAGAUGCGAAGACGCUUCUCCUGGGUGACUUGGCCGAGAAUUCCUCCUGGUGGAUGACGGAGUGGGCUCAGGCAGAGGGCCGGUUGCCUUUGUGUGCUAAAGAUGAAGGCCACGAAGAACCUCACUUGGUCUCAUCGAAAACCCCGCGAAUCAACUGGGCUGAAGUUAGCCGGUGGUAUCAAUUGCUUUUAACCGCCGGAGACUCAUGGGCUGAACAGUGGGCUGCCAGAAAGCCUAAUCGAAUGUCUUUAGAGUUUGAUGCAGCACAGUACAAGCAGUGGGAGUCGGUUGACUUGACCCAGUUGGAGAAGGCUGUCAUUGACUCACGCACCCACCUGCGACGAACCUUCAUGAAGGCUGUGGAGGGUUUGCUCAAACGUCCCCGUGGCCUACUCCACACACCCGACGACACCCGAUGGCUGUUCAUAUUGCUUGCAAAUCCUUUGCUGUCUCCGUCCAGCUCUUCGCCCCAACCGCGGAAUGCGCAAGCAACAAAUCGCGACAUGCGGCGACCCUCUUAUCCAAAUGAAGGGCCCUCGCCAAAUACCAGAGCCGGCAGGCCUCCACCCAAGGACUCCAAUAUCCAAGGAACCAACCAUCACUAUGGCAUUACCAAGCGCAUCCUCGGAUUGCUCUCCAACACAUCAGAAGACUGCCAUCAUCACUUCACCUCCUGGUUCUCACGGCUCUCUUCCGGUCAAAUUGCGCGCCUUGUGGAAUUAGUCGGUGGGUUUAUCACCUACCGGCUUACUCGGCAGACAGGUCGAGCGCGCGUCGAAGCUGCUCCAGAUGGAGACGACUUAGUGCCAACUUUCCACCGUGCUGCAGGAAGUACGCCCGCGGAAUUGCACGCUGCCUUAAAUCACCGCCGAAGUCCGAACAAGAAACCCGCCAAACACCAGGAACCUCCGGUUGUUUAUGACGAGGACUGGCAAAUCACUGCUGGCUCAAAGAUAUUGUCUCUACUUUUUCUCGCCAACGCGGAAGGGGUCAGAAAGUCUCCUGACGAUCUCCAUCGUCAGCACUUGAUUCCCAUCAGUGCUUUCUACAACACUCUUCUAGACUAUUCGGAUUUGGUUGCCGACUUCGAAGUCUGGGAAUCGAAGAGCACGAAAUUUUCAUUCUGCCGAUAUCCUUUCCUUCUCAGCAUCUGGGCCAAAAUUCACAUUCUGGAGCACGAUGCCCGGCGCCAGAUGCAAGUCCAGGCACGCGAGGCAUUUUUCAAAAGUAUACUGAAUAACCAAGCCAUCAGCCAGUAUCUUGUGCUGAAGGUGCGAAGAGAAUGUCUCAUUGAAGACAGCUUGCGUGGCGUCGGUGAGAUUGUGGCAACCGGAUCCCAAGAAAUCAAAAAGGGGCUCCGCAUCGAAUUUGUGGGUGAAGAGGGCGUUGAUGCUGGUGGGCUUCGCAAGGAAUGGUUCCUGCUGCUUGUACGGGAGGUUUUCAACCCUGAUCACGGCCUUUUCAUAUACGACGAGGACUCAAAGUAUUGCUACUUUAACCCCUACUGUUUCGAGUCUUCCGAGCAAUUCUACUUGGUGGGUGUGUUGCUCGGCCUUGCAAUCUAUAAUUCCACCAUAUUGGACAUUGAUUUGCCGCCAUUCGCGUUCCGGAAGUUGCUUGCCGCUGCACCAAAGCUCGGUGCCGCCCAUGCCAAUCCGCAUCGGUCGAAAUACAAAUGCACGCUUGAUGACCUUGCCGAGUUCCGACCAGCAUUGGCCAAAGGUCUUCGAAGCUUGUUGGACUUUGAUGGUGACGUAGCCGAGACGUUUUGCUAUGACUUUGUGGUUCCAACCGAACGGUAUGGAGAGACCCUGUUGAUUCCACUUUGCCCUGGCGGCGAAAAGCGCGCGGUGACCAAUUCCAACCGACGUGAGUUUGUGGAAUUAUAUGUGUAUUACGUCCUGAACACGGCUGUGGCCCGUCAGUUUGAGCCUUUCAAACGGGGCUUUUUCUCUGUCUGUGGGGGCAAUGCUCUUUCUCUCUUCCGAUCCGAGGAGAUUGAGCUGCUCAUUCGCGGGUCCGACGAGCCGCUUGAUGUGACUUCGUUGCGAGCGGUGGCUUCCUACGACAACUGGUCCACGCCGCGGCCCGAGGCGGUCGCGGUGGUGCAGUGGUUCUGGCAGUUCUUUGAAGGUGCCUCGCCCCAAGCGCAGCGCAAGAUUUUGUGCUUUGUGACCGGGAGCGAUCGAAUUCCCGCAAUGGGCGCCACUAGCUUAUCCAUCCGGCUGGCCUGCCUCGGUGAUGACUGCCCCCGAUACCCGAUCGCCCGGACGUGCUUCAACACCCUUGGUCUAUACCGGUGCUCAUACACCUACUAUGUGGAUUCUGGCGGGCAUGAGUCUUUUCACGACGCGCAUAGCAUUACACCAGCUCAUAUUGCUAUCUUGCUUCCCCACGCUCAAUCGAAAUUCAAACAUUUUAUUGCGAAUGAACAAGAGCUGUACCGGAUCCCCACCCUCAACUCAGAGAAUCAAACAGUCCAGGCCAUCUCCAGCAAUCUGGACGACAAGACAAUGCAUGAGCUGUAUCUUUGGCCAUUUCAGGACGCCUUGAAAGCGGGCGCCGGUAAUAUCAUGUGCUCAUAUAAUCGCAUCAACAAUUCCUAUGCCUGCCAGAACAGCAAAGCACUCAACGGUCUUCUGAAAACCGAGUUAGGGUUUCAGGGAUUUGUCGUCUCCGACUGGUAUGGCCAGCAAGCUGGUGUUGGAGCAGCUCUGGCUGGACUUGAUAUGGCCAUGCCUCAUGGCCAAAGUUUCUGGGGCAGCAACUUCACCGAGGCUUUCACAAAUGGUAGCGUUCCAAUGACUCGCCUAGACGACAUGGCCACUCGUAUCAUCGCGACCUGGUAUCAGAUGGGACAAGACAAAAAAUUCCCUGCUCUUGGCGUUGGUAUGCCAGCAAACAUAAGUGCACCUCACAAGUUUGUGAACGCGCUGACCCCCGAUGCGAAGUCUGUCUUGUUUGAGGGCGCAGUUGAAGGGCACGUACUGGUUAAGAAUGUCAACAACACACUGCCUCUCAAAUCACCUCAACUGGUCUCCGUAUUUGGGUAUGACGCCAAAGCACCCGACGCUUCGAUGCCGAGUGGCAAAGUUUACAAUGAGAACCCGUGGACGUCGGGUUUAGAGCCCGCGGUCUUCCAAUCCUCCGAAGUCUCUGUCAACGCAUCACCCAAUAUCCCUGACUACUUCCAGGUCGCCUUCAAUGGUACUCUGUCCGUUGGCGGCGGCUCAGGUGCAAAUAAUGGGCCCUAUCUCAGUGCACCUCUCGAUGCAUUACAGCAGCGGGCAUACGAAGACAACACAGUGCUAUUCUGGGACAGCACUGUUUCCUCUCGAUAUCGUGGGCUGAUGGAAGGAUCCGACGCAUGCUUAGUGUUCAUCAACGCGUUUGCAAUCGAAAACAUGGACCGCCCUGGCAUUCGCGAAGACUACUCAGACGGGUUGGUCGAACAGGUCGCCUCAACCUGUGCUAACACCAUUGUUAUCAUUCAUAACGCUGGCACUCGGCUAGUUGAUCGAUUUGCCGAUCACGAAAACGUCACUGCAAUUGUGUUUGCGCAUUUACCGGGCCAAGAGUCUGGUCGUGCAAUUGUCUCUUUGCUUUAUGGUGAUGAGAACUUCAGUGGCAAGCUUCCUUAUACCGUUGCCAAAAAUGAAUCCGACUACACGACCCUCAUGCCUGACGGGCCAGCUGCUCCUUAUGAACUCUUCCCUCAGUCAAACUUUGACGAAGGUAUCUUGACUGACUAUCGUUACUUCGACAAGCACAACAUCACCCCUCGCUACGAGUUUGGGUUCGGUCUAUCAUACACGACCUUCUCUUUCAAGAACAUCCAAGCCUCCGCGCCCCAAGCCAAGCUGGCUGCCUAUGCUACAGGCAAAAUUGAACAAGGCGGUGCCGUCGACCUUUGGGACAACGUUGUGACUGUCACCGUUGAGGUAAGCAACACUGGUCGUCGAUCCGGUGCCGAAGUUGCCCAGCUCUACGUGGCCAUUCCUGGCGGUCCUCCAAAGCAGCUGCGCGGGUUCGAGAAGGUGACGAUCGCCCCGGGCCAGACUGUACAGGUGGCCUUCUCCUUGACGCGUCGCGAUUUGAGUACAUGGGAUGUGGUUGCGCAGAAAUGGAAACUGCAAAGUGGAAUUUACACGAUCUUUGCGGGGUCUUCCAGCAGAGAUCUUCCAUUGAGCACAAAUCUGAAACUCAACAGCGCAUGA